UGUUCUCGCACGCCACCACCUGUGUCACACACACCACGAUUCAGUAGUCUACCAAGCACCGAACGACAGGCGGAUAUGUUGCUACCUGGGAGAGCAGACGGAUGGGUGAAUAGGCAGCAGCAUGGGCACCAACAGCAGGGGAGACGGUCACAGGCGAUCAUAAACACCAACCUGAAGACGGAGCUAUGCCGGAACCACACCAAAGGAUUCUGCACUUACGGGGAUAGGUGUGCUUUCGCCCACGGCAGGGAAGAGCUCAAGUACCGCACUCUCAGGGAAAUGCAGAACGCUGGGCGCAUUCCCGACGCAGUCAAGUACCGCUGCAUCCCGUGCAUGACCUGGGUCGCUACGGGGAGCUGCCCGUACUCUUCACGUUGCGUGUUUAUCCACGACCCUCGCGUCCAAGGGCGGCAGGAGGCGUGGCUGUACGCCGGCUCUCACAUGUCCUCCGCGUACCACUCGAGCGACUCGGCCUUCUUCUUCCCGGAUCUGCCACGAGAUCCCGACAGCCUGCUUCCGAGAGACUCUUCGUUGUACGACCUCGACCCCGCCAUGUGCGCGGCCAAAGACCGUGCGGACAGGGCCGUGUACAACAUGUGGUACUCGUUCGUCUCGGUGCUAACCGAUAUCGAAACGGACAAGGCUCAUCCCAGCGGCGCCUCCGCCAAGUCUGGGGCCGCCGACGUCUUCCCCGCCCCUUCCCCCUCCUCGAGCGAAUCCACCCUAGCCCUCUCAGACCGCAGCAGCAGCUUCGGCUCCGACUACUCCAUCAGUCCCACCAACGGCGGCGGAGGCGGCAGCGUUUUUGCGGCCGGCGGGUUCAGAGCCAAUCGCACCGUGGCUGCUACCGGCGGCGGCGGCGGCGGCGAAAAGGCUGCCGUCGACCACCGCCAGGCGGCGGAGCGACGCAUCGCGUGCGGAGGCUGCCCCCGUCUCGCGUCUUUCGUCCAUCUUAGCCGCGGUGUGCCGAUGGGUCCCGCCACGCCGCCAUCCCCGGACGCGGAAGUUGCAGGUUUUCCGUUCGAAGAUUCUCAGCUCGUCGCGUUCUCCAGGGGUAACACUCCGGGUUCUGCGGCCAGCAGUUAUCAUCCGCGCUUCAACGAUGAAGAAUUUUCGCCAGCAUCAACGCUGGCUGCGGGCGGCGCCGGCUCACCGGCAUUUUCGAUGCCCGCCGACUACCCCUCUUCCCCGCCGAAGUCGUCUCGGUCGGGCGGCCGGCCCACUCUCAGCAGGAGCAGCUCAGCCUCGAUGGCCGACUGCGGCGCUUCUUCUUCUACGGCUGGGGCGCUCCAGGCGACGCUGCCGCGACCGUCCCCGUCUCACCGAAGGCCGGUGGUGAGCACGCAGGUGGACGCCAACGGUAACAUCGUGGCGGCCGUUGCUCGCCGGUCUGCUCCCCAGAUGGUCGCGCCGAGAACCGUCAGCGACAGCAUUGACUGUGCCCACCAACACUGCCAGCGGCACUGCUCGCCCCCGGCAAGGAGGGUCCCGUUCAAGACGGCACGUAUUCCGCCGCACGCCGCGAUCCCGCGCUCGGAGUUCCCGCAGCCGCAGCCGCGCCGGUCGUCGCCACCGCCACCAGCUGCUGCUGCCUUCGCGAAGCAGCUCGCCGAGGAGGCCGAAGCGGAGUCGGUGUGGCUGCGCCUGGCGUGUCCCGACCGAAGGGACGUGCCGCUGCCUCGGGGCCACCACCAUCACUACCCGGAGCGUGUGCGUAUCAGGGCUGCUCUGGACCACCAGAGGUCCUGCGCCUCUUCCUAUAAUAACAACAUGAAGGCCCCUUUCCCACGCAUGACAUGAUAACGUUUGAGUUUUCCCUCUCUCUCUCUCUCUCUCCCUCUCGCCCUCUCUUGCUCUCGACGUUGGUUGUUGCUGCUGCUGAGAGAGGGGGGGGGCGCUCGUUGCCUGGUUUUUAACACAGCUCCGCUUGGGUGUUGGCUGCUUUUGUUCGGACUCUUCGCGCCGCCUGCUGCGAGGGGCCCGAGUGAGCAGCCGUCUGGACGCUGUUGGGCGCGGCUGGGUAUGCUCGCCACGAUCUCCGUGUAAACAGGUCGCGCCUCUAUUCGCCUUGCUUGGGGUUGACGAUUCGCCGGACAUGGUCUGGGCAGGGACGAGGAUAACCUCUCGCUUUCUGGAUGGCGAAAUGUAUGCAAACGAUGCGUGGCUGCAUAUUGACUCCUGUCUUGGAAGAGUCGGCGUAAUUUUUUGAUGAUAUUAGUUGUUACUUUUUGUCCGGUAAACAAGAUUAAUGAAUGACACGUUUUGCGCGAGCGCGCGAUUUUAGUUCUAAUACAAUAGUGGGCAGAAUCACAGCUGAGUGUUGACGCACACAGCAACGAGGUCAGGGUUGAAAAUGCUAGCAUGCGUGCGUAGCACACCUAGCUGUAGGCCUAGACCACUGGGCUGGGAUAGCUGUACCAGGUUCUCUACCAACAGCCCGGGACCCUGGAAGCAUGUGUGUUUGGCGUUGGCUUGUAAGGCUACCCUUGGUCCUCAAGGCGGUGUUGCUGCGUGCAAUUUUCCCCUGACUACGCAGACCCCGACCGGUGUUUGGAGAAUAUAGAUUCCGAAGCUCCCUCUCGAGGGUAGCCUAGCCGAGGCUGAGCUCUCAUGGCGGGAGCUUUGGAGAGGUCCAAAUGUACCUGUCGGCGGUCAGCGGUCAGGCUUAAAACGUUGUUUUCUGUUAUGAUUGUAAAAUUUUGACGGGCUUCCAGUCGUGGCAGACAGGGCGGUCAAGAUCGAGUCAUCACAGUGGUUGGGUUCGUUGUAGUCACGACUCUUGUUGCGCAACGGCCAUCAUUGAUAUUUCCUCGUUCUUUGUCGUGAACGCUGUUGCACGCUCUAGGCAAAAGGGAAUUCGCAUUUUUUUUUUUUUUCGUGUCUCCAAAGGUUUUUUCCUUCCCUGGUGGAAAUCCGUACAGAGGUUGUUGUGAGUGACAAGUGAGAAGAGGUAUAAAAGGAGGGCAGGGCGGAUUUCAAAGGGACUGGGUGUGAUUCGUGGGGUAUUUGGUAUCGCUGCUACAUUCUGACGAUUUAUAACGCUUACAAUGUGUCAGUCGCAUGUUUGGGGUAAAGAUGUGAUGUUCGCAAGACUAAAACAGCUUGUCGAGCACACGGGUAGGGCAUGAGCGCAUGCUGUUCUCUCGUGGGAUGCAUCUCAGAUCACGGGAGGGACAAGGCACACGGGGUAUAUGCUAUUACCGGUUGUGUUGGAGGGGUUCGACGUUGCUCAGGGAAGAAUUUCGAGACGGGAGAGGGCACAAAGCGCCGAAUGGUUUUCGUACACCUGACAAGUCGAUCUACUGAUGCGCCACAUCAUUCGGCGAUAUCAUUGCAAGGCGCUCUUGAUCUGUGUCUGAGCUCAAAUUGGGUGCGUGAGUGGAUACGUACAUGUCGGGUGUGUGAGGGAGCGUUGGGUUAGGUAACAAUGGCGGGGGUAGCUGGGGUUCGUGGGUGGGUAGGAUAGUGGAUGUUAACCGGCAGCGGCUUUGGUGGGGGUAAAGGGGGUCGGGGAGUUGGAAGGAGUCUUAAAUUUGAUGCAACGCCGUAUUUAUUUGUUGUUCUAGAAUUUUCUCAUUCGCCUUUGCUUUGCCGCCUCGCUUGGCCAGGGAAAAACAGGUGUUACAUUUUUUGUGCGGGCCUGCAAUCGACAUGUUUUUUUGGGGAUAUUUUGUACUGGGUGGACCUCUGUUGGGUAAAAUGUAUAGCAAGGGGUUCGCAUUUAUGUGUAGUCAUGGGGGUUCGGGGAUUUUAAUUAAGAGGCCGAGGUCGUGUGCCGCAGCUGGGGCCUAGACGUGGACUAGAAUAUUCAUGUGCAUGCGUAGUUCAACUGAAUGCCUAACCUUGCGUAGCUUCCAUGAGUGUGAAAGUACAUGUGUAUUUGAAUAAGAAGGACCGUAUCGAUGUAUGGGGGGGGAGGGAGGGGGAUACAACGGCGUGCGACGGACUGCUUGAUAUUCGACAACCGGCACGGAGAGAGCGUGCUGGCCGUAUCGAUGAUACCCCAUGACGACACCAAUAAUAAGUCGCCUACAGCGACAAGAUGAAAGAAGUAAUUUAGAAAUGUUGUAUUUCUGUUUUGCCCAACCCAGUAGCAGCAUCAAAAAUGAAAGUGAAUGCGAGAUGUGGUUUGAGGUUGAUCAUUGUCUCGAGUGGAUUUUGUCUGUCAGGGAUUUGAGGUGUGCAGGCUCAACCCACACUGCGAAAAUAAUUUUCAUUUAUCUCGUUAUGUAUGUACUUCUACAUGGGUAAACUCUUAUGAAGCGUGACAAUAGAUGUUGAACUGUUUUUUUUUUGUGGCUGACGGGGCUGCUGUACGCUUGGUUGGCCGAACGAUAAUGGUCGCAGCAUCGAUGCAUGGAGACAGCGAGCUGUUGGCAAUCACGUCAGAUGUGCAACCCCUCACGAAAAAAGUCGUUAGGCGAUGAAUGCUGACUCGGGAAGUAAAUCGCAGCAAGCAACUAGUUUCGGGUGUUGGGAAUACCACGUGCACGUUGGGAUCCUAACUUUCAUCUCAAAAAUUGAAGUAAGUAGUAGCGCGUUUGGAUGAACCGACCUCCCGUUGUCGGGCGUAGAAGAUGCGUGUGUUCGUGUCAGAGUUGAGCAACGUGCGUCAGGAAGGCUGCUGCAGGUAACUGCGAUUCGGGCCGCUUCCGCGAUGUAGGACGAGGUUUCAGAUGGGCUGGGUAAACGCACGCAAUGCGUUUAUGAUCUUUUCAGCGGCGUCGGAUGAUGAGAGUUUUGCGUCCUUGCAUCAAGAGUGAGAUGUAAACGAGCCUCAGUCUGCUUCGGCAUGCGUCACUGGAAGGUCGCAGACGAAGGGCGGUAUACAAUUUGUGUGUGUUCAUAUGCCGGAGUACCUAUCUAUGCUUGCUGUUGUGUUUGAUCUCUCUGCGUUUUUGAGUGUGUUUUCUACCCUCAUUCUGCAUUUUUUUGCAUGCAGGGCCGUUAUUCCAUCCCUUACAUUGAACCUAGGGGACGGGUUAAAGUAUUUGUAUGAUUUAUGCUUUAUGUUAUAUAUAGCCUCGGGGGGGCAAAGUUCUUGAGAGUGUAUUUUAGGAUUGUCUCUCUUGUGUAACGGUAGCAGGUACUGGCUGAGGUGAUUGAUGUCUUGACGGACUGCGUUCGCACCGGACACGUGUGACUUCACUACCACGACGGUAGACGGUACAUUCUGGAUCAACGGCUCAACGUGAUGCAGGGCACCUGGGUAGCAGUAAGAGGUAGUACUGCAGGCGGGGAAGGCACGGCUGGGUUGUGUGCAUGUUCUGAGAUCGUUACGGUGACACAGGGUUUCCGCCUCGUCCUCCUCCUCCCUGGUUGGAAUGUUGCUGUUGCAGUGGGGCAAGAGACGGUGGAGUGAGGGAGAAAGGGGCGCGGCCCCUUUGCAAUGUACUGCACACUCUGUUUUUGUCAUCAUCAUGAAGGAGGGGGUCCCUCCAACGUCCCCUGGGAGGUGCUUCUUUCUUGUCCUUGUCCUUGGCUAUCUUCCAGGCGUGUCGACAGUGUGUAGAUUUUUGUCAUCGAAUAUCUCCUGCCAGGCUGACCGACCAGGCAGGGUCAAAAC